AUGUUCCGCAUUGCUGCUUUUCGUCUGAUUCACCAAAAUGGAACUCGUCCACUUUUAAGACAGGGACUACGAAUGGUAGCCAGUGAUGCUACGCUGUCCUCUGGAAGCGGUCUCACCAAAGAGCGUUUGGGUCAAGCAUCGCCUUCUCCGAAAACUAGUGUAUCAGAAAAACGCUCGAAGGUCUCUGAGCGAAUUCAACAGCGAGCACAAAAAAAGGCUGCCAUCACACUUACACCCACUGCUGUGGAACACAUGAGACGACUGAUGCAUGCUAGUGAUGGUCCAAAGCUUGUUCGGGUGGGUGUAAAGAACAAGGGUUGUGCUGGUAUGAGCUAUCACCUUGAAUACGUCGAACCUGGCCAAGAAGGCAAGUUUGAUGAGCGUGUGAAGCAAGAUGAUGUAGAAGUCCUGAUUGAUUCACGCGCUUUAUUCAGUAUCAUUGGCUCUGAAAUGGACUGGAAAGAGGAUCGAAUGUCGGCACGUUUUGUGUUCAACAACCCCAAUGUGAAGGAUGCCUGCGGAUGUGGUGAGUCUUUUAUGGUCUAA